UAUGGAUGUCGUCUUCUGCGUGUGCAAAGUUAUACUAGCUACAGAAAAAAAAACCUAAGCCUUUACACAUCGAGUCUCACUACAGCCAAGAGCUCCAAGAUGGUCUAAAUCACCCACACACACACAUGUUCAACGCGUCUUUCAACAAAAAAAAUGGCAGAGCCAUGUGUCAUCUCUUUUCAGUUGAAUACAAUGCCCCCGGUGUUGUUCGUAGUCGUGAUUUUAUUUUUUUGCUGCUUUGAAUUAUUUCAUUGAUUGCAUCGUGAUCGAUGUGGAGGGCACCCCGAAUGGUGACUACUUUCCAAGUAUGAUCGGAAGUCGUUUCACUUCGGUAUCACGAUCGAACUCGAUAACAAUAGUGGUCGAAGUAGUUAAUUCCAGUGGUGCUAUCGAACUCUAUUUCAAGGCGCGUAGAACAGCCGUCUUGCUUCAAAACCUUCCAUGUUGUGUACAAGAAGACUAGUGAUAACCCUAAAGGUGUACAGGAAUAUUUUUCUCACAAUAUCAGAAUAGCCACUGCGGUAUCAGUAGAUUCAAAGGGUAGGCACGACUUCCGUUGCCCCGAGAUGAUUCGUCUGCGUGAUGACUGGAGUGCUGCAUGUAAUAACUGUCGCUGUAGUAGCAACAAGCCCCGAAAUGGAGUCGAAAACAGGAAGCCUUUCGGUCUGUAUUUGUGCGCUCCGAAUGGUGAAGAUACAUGGGUGGGAAUGAGAGCCUCACUUCUGCCAAAGACACAUCCUCAGGAAAAAAAAGGGGUUUUCCAAUGUAAUGACAACAAAUCAAAUCCAAGAGGAACAAAAUUUCAUGACUAAUUGUCUAUCAGUCCUAACGGUGUAGUGCAGCACUGUCACGGAUAUGUACAUGUGUAUUGCAUGACACGCCAGCUUUUACUUCAUAUUUAUUUGCUUGUGCUGAAUUAUCUAAACGACCUGGAUUCACACUAAAGACAUCCAGUA